CUGUUCCAACGCAACUCUCAUUCAUCCAGUUUUCGCGAUCACAUCUCAUCUUUCGUGAAUCACUACACAGUCUUAUCUUUUGCAAUUUUUCCUACACGCAAUGGCAUUGGCGAUGACGACGAGCGUGAGCAAUCUAGCCGCGAGCAACAUCAGCGUUGCACCACCGAGUCACAGCAGCUUUGGCCGCGGGAGCGUCAGCACAGGAGCAGCCAGAUUUCCACAGUUGAGCUUGAGGCAAAGAUCUCGAGUUUGCAUCGUCAGGGCGGCCGAUGAUGGGAUUGUGGAUGAUGUCAAGAACGCUGCAUCUCAAGUCGGGGACAAGGUGAAGGAUGCCGCAAAUCAAACCUCGGAUUUCGUCACAGGGGCCUCCCGCGACGCCAGGGACAAGACGGAGGACGCAACCAGCGGUGCCAGGGACAAGUUCGACGAUUUGGCCGACUCUGCUGGCUCUGCGAAGCACGAUGUCCAGAGGAAGGGCAAGGACUUUGAGAGAGACGCAAAGGGCAAGAGCUCCGAUCUACAAGGUGACGCUGAGAGUUGGAAAGAUAAGGCUACUGGAGCGUUCGAGGAUGCGGCCGGGAACGUCAAGAGCAAACUAAACAGCGCUGGAGAGGCGAUCAAGGGCAGCGGCGAUGAGGCGCAGGACAAGGCUAGCGAUGCCACCAGCUCUCUGAAGAAGGGUGCGAGCAACGUGAGCGAGGAUGCUAAGAAGACUGCCGACGAUGCUAAGCGGAAAAUCAGCCAAUAGAAACUGGGAAAUGUGUAUACUUCAGAAAAUUCAUCACUCGGGAAAAGAAAUAAAUUAAGUGAUAUUACACUUACAAAUAUCAGCGAACAUUCUUGA